UCGUGCCUCGGAUUAUCGCCAGACACUGACUGAAACUCGGCAUCUAAGCCCGAAUCGUGCGCCGAGACUUACCUGGCUGGAUCUCCAAAGGUCGAGCUAAUUGGCCAUCUACGUCUGCACUGUUGAGGCGCCUCCUGGAAAAGGCGAGCCUUGACAGGGCCUCGCUGCGGAUUGCAACGGUAGUUCCUGGGCCAGUACCGAGCUCACAGGAGGGGUGUCCACACCAGCUUCUGCGCCGGUCCGCAGUAUGGGGCCUGGGCCCUUUCCAGUGCUUUCCCGAUGUCGUCGAUACCCCGGCCCAACAACGGUCGCCGUCAUGGCGGUAGAGAUGGUGGGCUGGGUCACCAAGGCCGCCUCGGCCAGGACAGCCAGGGCUUCGGGUUCAACAGCUUAGUCGAGUCCUAUCCUCGACAGAGUGGCUUGUCACCAUCCCUAAUUUUCCCAAUUCCGCCUUCAUCGUCUACCGCUUAUCCUUCCUCCGCUUCUUCUGGGUUGGCGCAGCUUUCCACUGUCGGGGGCAAUACCUCCCUUCUCCCCCCUGAAACACCAGUCGUUCAGUCAGCACGCUGGAGCCGUGGCGCGCAGCCUGUAUUGCGGACUGAGCCAGUGGACUUCCAAUUUACUGCGGGGGAAUCAUCGACGUCAUUACCCGAAGUGCCAGCAAUGCGGUAUUUCCACACCGACCUACCUAUGCUUAGCGCCGAACGGUACGAUGACAGCAACCGUUCAAGACGCCCUACAACCAAAGCCAAUCCCAUAGGCGGCCCUGUACCUGUUGAGCGCCCUCCCAACCCGAAGAAACGGGGUAGGAAAACGGAAGAUGCCGGGAGAAAGGAGAACGGGGAAGAGACGAAGAGGACUCGUGGCCGCCCGCGCCUCGAAACUAAGGACCAGACGCCCACUGAGCGCCGACGAACUCAAAUUCGACUUGCGCAGAGGGCGUAUCGUAACCGGAAGGAGAACGCCAUAACCGAUCUGCAGGCGAAAAUUAAUGACCUCCAGGAGGUAAACAAUGAGAUAAACACUGCAUAUAAGAGCUUAUUCGAAUACGCGUCAAGUCAAGGGCUCUUAGCCCAGGCGCCUCAAUUUGAACAGCAGUUGGGAAGACUUCAAGAGCUUAUCAAGCAAAGCCAGGAGAAGGAAGUUUCGGGGGGGGAACACAGCAGUCCAGACAGCAAUUCCGACGAUAGGAAGCAGGAAAGCCAGAGGACCGAAGAGACGUCGACUGCAAAUGAAGAGAUAUCGUAUUUACGGCCAGAGGCUGAAUCGACCCAGCUGUUCGCAGGGCUCACCGUAACGCACGAGCCUGGCCCCGCGACACAACAGGAAGUCUUACCUCCUGCUACGAACGUAGGUGCUGUAUUAAGCGAGCCACGCGGGGAGUCCUACGAGAUCGUUACGGCACCGACUCUCGAAAAUGCUAGCUUCGGGGCUGACAUGCCAUUUGAUGCCAAUUUAUGGAACACUCCGCAAUGGCAAUCUACCUGGGCUGAGAAUCCGUGGAAUCGACUCACUGGCCCGCGGACCAUGUCCUUCAACGAAUGGGCAUUCGCUCGGAGGUUGCAUCGGCACGCCGUAGAGAGAGCUGUCGCGCUCAUCUCGAUGCCUAACCCACCUCCGGCCAAGUUGACGCGGGUCUUUGGCUUCGUCAUGCUGUUUGAAACUAUGGAUGAGAUUCGCGCGAGAACACUGGCGACCCUGGCCCGAAUCAGGAACCAGCCUUUGAACUACUGGGAGUAUCCUUUCCAUAGGCUCGGUGGUUCUGGUACCCACUUCUCCGAGGGAGGAGAGCACACGCCGUCCAGCCUUUCGGGAUUGGGAUCCCCUUAUCAGAGUAACGGCUUUGGGGUUGGGCCUUUUAAUGAGCGGACGACCAGCGUACGCGAUACUCUGCUAGGAGUCUCCCAGUAUAUCAACAUGAGCGGCUGGGAGGGCACCUGGUUUGAUUCGGGCGAAGUGGAGACGUAUCUCGCACAGAACGGGGUAGUCAUCCCGGUAGCGGCUGAUUUACAUAUCGUCGAGGUCCCGCCCGGUAUGUUUGCGGACGUGCAAACGCAGCCCAACAAGACCCCGGCGAUGCCGACAACCCCGCCGAGCUCCGCCUCCGUGCCAGGAGGGGAUGCAUCCGCAGGCCCCGGGAUGUCCGGCAAUGCACCGUUGCGAACUAUGGCUUUUUCCGGUGGAUCGCAACCUCACGAUGAUAUGCCGGAUUUCCCAGCGCAAAGCGAUAGCUGGCCUGGCCUUUCUGCCCACUCGGAUCUAGGAGAAGUAGCACAAACAGCGGACGGAGAGGCAGCAUCUUUCGCCGCAUUCGGUGACACGGGGGCCGAUAUCUUCCCGAGUUCCCCAUCCUAUGUUUUUCGCGGUAGCCAACAAAACACACAGGCUCUAGCGCCUAAUGUGGCGCCAACACCAGCCGCUAGGCGAGUCCUCUUAGACGUCAACGAAUUCAUCGAUGGACUCAUAAGCCAUGCGAGCUGCCUCGGACGUGCUCCCGCGUUCAGACCGAGAGAUAUUGUAGGCUCAUUCUGGAACGCCGUGGUCGCUAAUGUGUAGUGGUGGGGUCUGGCAGAUAUGCCCGGGAAUGGGAAUGGUUUUGUACGCUCUGGCGCGCAAUCAUUAAUUUAUAUACAUAUUCGUGUCUAUAUAUAAACAUGGGUACGGGGACAAGUAGGCGUUCUGUCGGUUUCUUAUGGAUGCUCGCAG